AUGGUUAAUAUUGGUUCUAUCUGUGCCGUCGCUACAGCCAUUUCUUGUGUAGCUGCCCACCCUUCCUUUAUCUAUAAGUUCGAUGCAGCUAAGGCUGGUGGCGUGAAAGGCUUCAUCAAAGUAAAGUAUGCGAGUGAAACCUCGUCGACCGCUACCAUCACGGCCAAUCUUGAUUUCUCUCGUGUAAAUCAAACUGAGAUUGGCAAAUUCGACGGUAAUUGUACCGAGCCUGUUACAAGCUGGAAGUGGCACAUUCAUACCAAGUGGGGUUCGACUCAGUCAUCAGCAUCUUAUAAACAGUGCUCUAAAGCCGCGACUGACAACCAUUACGACCCGCUCAAGGCGUGUGGCCCGGCGUCCGAGUAUGUUUCGGAGGAAUCAUGCAAGGCCAAAUCUAAGAGUUAUGUGUGCAAUCCUGGUAACUACACAACUCACCCAGAAGUGUGCGAGAAGGGCGAUUUGUCGGGCAAGUUUGGUGCGUUCGAAGUCGGCAAGACUAACCUCGUUUCAAAGAAGUGGGAAGACAAACAUUUCCCACUUUUGUCGGAAAAUAAAGACACGUGGAGUAUUGUGCUUCACGCCGUUUGUGGGAAGGAGGCGCCUCGUAUCUCGUGCGCAGUCAAGAUGAACGACGAUGAGAAGACUGCCAACUCCCCUCGUGACGCUGAUUGCAAUGUUAAGAUGUAG